AUGGAGUGCCGCGGCUCGGAGCCCGUCCUUAGCAUGCCCCCGCCCGUUUCCUGCGACCGACACAUCUGCGAUGCUGCUUCCGUCGCCGCCGCGGCCGCUGAAGGUCCCGACGGGCUGCUGGCGUCGCGGGCAAUCCGCAAGAAGCUCGAAGACGUGGAGAUUCGUGCGCUGGAGGGCAAACUGCAACUGCUAGAGACGCAGCGCCAGCUCAGCGCGAGCCCCUCCCAACGGCGCUGGUCGUUUGAGCUUUCCAAAAAGCCGCUUCCGCGAACGCCGAGGCGCCGCAGCGAAGAUUGCGGCGGCGAGGGCGCGGCGGCGAGAAGCUACCGCGGCUGUGGCGAAACGGCGAGAGACGAGAGACACGACGAUGGCGACGGUGACGACGAGGAGGAAGCGGAGGAUGAGGAGGAGGAAGAAGAGGACGAGGAAGAGGAAGAGAGGGAAGAGAAGGAAGGGGAGAAUGUGGUGUCUGGGGAAGAAUCAGGGCCGUGGAGAAUCGGCUCGAGCCGCAGGCGACCCAUCGUGUAA